AACUUUACCUUCUCACCAAUCUGCACUUUGUAGUAGACUUCCACCUCGACAUAGGCAUCAGCUCGUCACUCUCACACUGCUUGCUAGCUAGCUCUUCUUGAUCCAGGAUCGAAGAACACCCCUACUCCGCAACGUCCCGCCCCCCUUUCCUCCUGAUCCAACAUGUCGUCCGGCGUAGCCGUCUCCCAGGAAUGUCUGGAAGCCUUUCAGUCACUCAAGCUCGGCAAGAAGCUCAAAUUCAUCAUCUACACCCUCUCUGCCGACAAUCGGGAAAUUGUAGUAGCCAAGACUUCCACUAGCACAAACUACGACGAUUUCCUCGCCGAAUUGCCAGCUGCAGAGUGCAGGUACGCCAUCUAUGACUUUGAGUAUGAGAAGGGUGGGGAUGGUAAGAGGAGCAAGAUUUGCUUUUACACUUGGUCCCCCGAUGACUCAAAGAUCAAGUCGAAGAUGCUCUUCGCCUCUUCCAAGGACGCCCUGCGCAAGGCCCUCGUGGGAAUUUCAGCCGAGAUCCAGGGUACUGACUUCUCCGAGGUCGACUACACCACUGUGCUCGAGAAGGUCUCCCGAUCGACCUUCUAAGCGCCAGUGCCCUCUGUCCAUCCUGACUUCGAAUGCUGCCCGCCUGCCCUUUUGCCAGUCUCCACCUGCGAGUCUUAUCUGAACUUGCGAUGUCGCCUGGCUUCUGAGCUGGUGGGCCAGUAGCUUGACAUAGACGUGUUUGAGCGAGCGG